AUUGGGCAUAGUGUGUGUGUCGGCUUUUUUCGUAUUACGGAUACAGUUAUACAGACAUACAACUGCUGCACAUUAUCGGCUAAAAGCUUUUCUUACCUACCGUCAACACCUUUGACAACAAACCAAAACUGAUUCCUUCCUUUUUCGCGCUUGCACCAGAGCAAGUCUUCCAGCUUUGGUUCCGUUUGGGCAGAAAACCUAUCAUUGGAGAUUAUGUAAGGCUAAAUGACGACAACGUGCGACAACAGCAUGCAUGGCUGUCUUGGGAUCCUGCUGCAAGAACGCGGCAGACAAGUUGGGACCCGUACGGAAAUUGUAAUUUAAUUAGAUGCCACUGUCAGUGGAUAUUGUUCAACGUAUCACUAGUGCGGACUAUCACGCAUAAUGGUCUACCUCACCAAGACACCACUCGGAUCACCGGUGGAAGCCAACGGACCGCGCGAUUUUACGCAGAAUGUGGAUGAUGAAAAUUUUGACGCAACCAGUCCAUUAACCAGUCCAACUGCCGCUGCAACACAAGGCAACCUCCUGACCAUUCCAGUCAAUAACUUACUGGCAGUGCCCAGUCCCGGUGAUCCCGUACGUCGACUGAGUUGCAUUACUCUGGAAGAGCGCGUUACAUGGGACAAGAAAAUUGACUUUUUGUUAAGUGUAAUCGGAUUUUCUGUGGAUUUAUCUAAUGUUUGGCGGUUUCCUUACCUUUGCUACAAAAAUGGCGGGGGUGCUUUUUUGGUGCCUUACAUGAUAUUCUUUAUACUGGGUGGCGUUCCUUUAUUCUAUUUGGAGCUGGCGUUGGGCCAGUACAAUCGGAAAGGCGCUGUGACGUGCUGGGGACGCUUAGUGCCCCUUUUCAAAGGAGUUGGUCUUGCCGUUGUUGUAGUUUCGUUUUUUGUUGACCUUUUCUACAACCAAAUCCUAAGCUGGGCAUUAUACUUCUUUUUUGCUUCCUUUUCUUCGACACUUCCCUGGGCUACUUGUGGGAAUGACUGGAACACCGAUGAUUGUACGGGGGCGUACGAUGAAGUCACAGAUGUGUCAGGAGUGUUAUCGCAUUUCAACUGUGACCUUUCGGCACCAGCCACCAGUCUGGUGCCGCAGCAGAUCUCUCCAUGUCUUCGCUCAAAGCUAGGUUUUAAUCUAACCGCCAACAAUUUUACACCCUCCGCCAUCCUGGAAGCCUGUCUACUGCUUCAGUCUAACAUUUCAAUCUCAACGAAUCAUUGCCGAUCGUCUGCUGACGAGUAUUUUUAUCGCUCUGUCUUGGAGGUGCAUAAAAGUUCCGGUCUGGAUGAUCUAGGAAUUGUGCUCUGGCCUAAUGCCUUGUGUCUAUUAGCCAUAUACAUCAUUUGCUACUUCAGUUUAUGGAAGGGUGUCUUAUCCUCCGGAAAGGUUGUUUGGUUUACAGCCGUCUUUCCUUACAUCGGUCUAAUUGCCCUGCUAAUUCGCGGUGUAACCCUUCCGGGAUCAUUGGAUGGUAUUAUGUACUAUCUUACACCCAAUUUCGAGGAAUUAUACAAGCCAUCGGUAUGGGUCGAUGCCGCGACACAGGUUUUCUUCUCUCUUGGACCUGGUUUUGGGGUAUUGUUGGCGUUUGCGUCCUACAAUAAAUUCAACAAUAACGUUUACUACGAUGCCAUCCUAACAAGCUGUAUCAAUUUGUUAACUUCCUUCCUAUCUGGGUUGGUGAUCUUCAGUGUGCUUGGCUAUAUGGCAUGGAAAGUGCGUAAGAAGGUGGAGGAUGUGGCAAAGGAAGGCCCUGGUCUAGUGUUUGUGGUUUAUCCGGAAGCGUUGGCCACUAUGCCGGGUUCGGCAUUCUGGUCGGUGUUCUUCUUCCUCAUGCUACUGACCAUUGGUCUGGAUAGUUCUUUUGCCGGCUCCGAAGCCGUUAUUACCGGUGUCAGCGAUGAGGUUCCACUAUUUGAAAAACAUCGGGAGAUUUUUGUCGGAUGCUUGUUCACUUUCUACUUUUUCGCAGCCGGAUUGGCAACUUGCACUCAGGGAGGAUUUUACAUUGUGCAACUUUUGGAUUCCUAUGCAGCUGGAUAUUCGCUAAUGUUAGCGGUUUUCUUAGAGUGCAUUGCCGUAUCCUGGAUUUAUGGUCAAAAACGCAUAUGCGAGGACAUUCGCGAAAUGCUGGGAUUUACGCCUGGGUUAUUCUGGAGAAUAUGCUGGCGCUGGGUUUCUCCGUUAGCUGUUUUGUUUAUAAUCCUGUAUGGAAUCUACAACUAUGAGCCACUGGUGGUCAACGAUUAUAAGUAUCCGACGUGGGCCAACGCGCUGGGAUGGUGCAUCGCUGCGGUAUCGAUGUUGUGCAUGCCGGUUGUGGCCAUUAUUAAAUUUAUCAGGACGCCCGGGUUACCCUUACAGCGAUUAAAAAAGCUGAUCACCCCAUACCGGGAUACGCAUGCGCAGAAGCGUGCGCGGAGUCGUACCGCCAGUAUUAUGGCCAUGGAUCUGCACGCUAAUGUCAAGAACAACGGCAACCACAUUGCAGCUGCUAUGCACACCUAAAUCGGAGUUCACUAUUUGCUGUAUAGUUAUGAAACUUAAGCUAAUGCACGAUUACUUCAAAUCGUUUUUCCCGGUAUUAUGCAUAUUCCUCACAAUUUCAUAAUUACAACGCAAAAGAAAUAGUACGUUACUUGUAGUAUCCGUACUUGUAUUUAGAUCGUGUAGUUGACCUGCAGUUGUGUAUUGCGGCAAAACAAAGAUUCAGUUUGCUGAUCGUUGUAUCUGUAUUAGAUUUUGAAAUAAUUCGAUUUAGAUUAGGAAAUGCUUUGUUUGUGUAGGUAUUAAUACAAAUAACAUAUAUGAUGCAUCAAGGUUAUUUUG